UGGUUAUAAAGUAAAAUUAAAUUAAAUAAGAGAAAAAGCGAAAAGGGAACGAAAAUGCAAAGCCUGGGAGGGAUUAGGAGCUGGCCGGCGACUUGGAGAACCACGACGGCGUCUAUGACGACGACAACGACGGAGAGCGUCAGAAAAGUUGCGCAGGUACUAACCGUCGCAGGAUCAGAUUCCGGCGCCGGAGCAGGAAUCCAAGCCGACAUAAAAGUCUGCGCGGCUCGCGGCGUCUAUUGCGCUUCCGUGAUAACCGCCGUCACAGCUCAGAACACUCGCGGCGUUCAAUCUGUUCAUCUUCUCCCUCCGGACUCCGUCUCCGAGCAGCUAAAAUCAGUCCUUUCCGACUUCGAAGUCGACGUCGUGAAGACUGGGAUGCUUCCUUCUCCUGAGAUCGUUGAAGUUCUUCUCCAGAAUCUUUCAGAGUAUCCUGUCCGUGCUUUGGUUGUUGAUCCUGUGAUGGUAUCAACUAGUGGGCAUGUUCUUGCUGGUUCUUCUAUCCUCUCCAUCUUUCGAGAGAGAUUGCUUCCACUUGCUGACAUUAUAACACCAAAUGUGAAAGAAGCAUCUGCUUUGCUUGGUGGUGUUCGGAUUCAGACUGUUGCAGAGAUGCGGUCUGCUGCAAAAUCGUUGCAUCAAAUGGGUCCUAGAUUUGUACUAGUCAAAGGUGGUGAUCUUCCUGACUCAUCAGAUUCAGUGGAUGUUUACUUUGAUGGCAAUGAGUUUCAUGAACUCCACUCUCCUCGCAUAGCUACAAGAAAUACUCAUGGGACUGGUUGCACUUUGGCUUCAUGUAUUGCAGCUGAGCUUGCUAAAGGCUCUAACAUGCUCUCUGCCGUGAAGGUGGCUAAACGCUUCGUAGAUACUGCCCUAAACUAUAGCAAAGAUAUUGUGAUCGGCGGUGGCAUGCAAGGACCCUUUGACCACUUCUUGAGUCUCAAGGAUCCUCAAAGCUAUCGACAAAGCACAUUCAAGCCAGAUGACCUGUUUCUAUACGCCGUUACAGAUUCCAGAAUGAACAAAAAAUGGAACCGAUCCAUUGUGGAUGCCGUGAAAGCUGCUAUAGAAGGAGGAGCCACAAUCAUACAGCUGAGGGAGAAAGAAGCUGAAACUCGGGAGUUUCUCGAAGAAGCAAAGUCGUGUGUGGACAUAUGCAGGUCCAACGGAGUUUGUUUGCUGAUAAACGACAGGAUCGACAUUGCCAUUGCUUGUGAUGCUGAUGGAGUCCAUGUCGGCCAAUCAGACAUGCCGGUUGAUCUAGUACGGUCUCUUCUUGGCCCGGACAAGAUCAUAGGGGUCUCAUGUAAGACGCAAGAACAAGCCCACCAAGCUUGGAAAGAUGGUGCAGACUACAUUGGGUCAGGAGGAGUUUUUCCAACGAACACGAAGGCCAACAAUCGUACCAUAGGGCUUGAUGGACUCAGAGAAGUAUGUAAGGCAUCAAAGUUGCCUGUGGUUGCUAUUGGAGGGAUUGGAAUCUCAAAUGCUGAGUCUGUUAUGAGGAUAGGUGAACCGAAUCUAAAAGGAGUAGCGGUCGUGUCAGCUUUGUUUGACCAAGAGUGUGUUUUGAGUCAAGCCAAGAAGUUGCAUAAAACGCUUACAGAGAGCAAAAGGGAACAUUGAAGAUCCCACAAAAUACUUUUGAAGUUAGUUCUUCUUGUCGUUGAUUUCACAUGUAUCAUAUAUUCAUAUGUAAUAAUACUUGGUUAAAUUACCAAAAUGCAAUCAAGAAAUAAAACAAAACAUUAUAUCUUGAAAAGGAUGUUUCAUUACUUUUGUUCAUCGU